ACUUCAUCAGACAUGGCUCCAAUCAAAGAAGAGGAGGUUCCACGGUCCAACAAAGUUCGGAACCUGAGGCAAAAUGGACAGGUCACGCCACGCCGGCACAAACGCCGUUGGCCAUCGCAGCAUGUUACAAGGAACCAGUUAGCAUCACUUCAGCCUGCUGGCACAAUCCAGGAAGAGAGCACACCUUUUGUGCUGGAUUUACAGAACCUGCCAGGCUUAGCUAAUGUGGAUCUGAGUGCCCAGAACCCAAACAUACAGGUUACUAUAGAGGUAGUAGAUGAUCCUCAGGCUGAGAUGGAGAUGGACCUACUGAAGGAGACCAGCAAUGACUGGUCUCUGACUUCCUCUGAAUGGCUGUCCCACAAAGACCUCUUCUGGCCCCUCUUCUGGGAGUACACAGACCCUGUGGAGGAAAGGGAUGAAGAUGGCAACUUGGACAUAAAGAACCAAGAGGAAGAAGAAGAAGAGGAGGAGGACUAUACAUCAGAGUAUGAUGAGGAGGAGACAGUUCUGAGUGGAGUGGGAGGGGACUGGGACCAGAGGUGGCCCAAUCAGAAGAACUGGAUCUUUAAAGAAAAGUACAAUUAUGACUAUGAAGAUGAAGAGGAGUGGAGCUCUUGGUCCCCCUGUGGCGUCACCUGCGGCAGUGGCAGCCAGAAGAGAACCCGGUCUUGUGGCUAUGCUUGUACUGCCACGGAGUCAAGAACCUGUGACCUGCUCCGCUGUCCUGGAGCAGAUGGAGAGCUGGCUUUUGCCACUGAGGAGCCACCAUUUGAAGCUGAGAAUGCCACAGAGAUCUUAAACUCAGAUGUGGACAGCUGUGAGAAGUGGCUGAACUGCAAAAGUGACUUCCUCAACAAAUACCUGAGCAAAGUACUUUCAGACCUGCCCAGCUGUCCCUGCUCUUACCCUCUGGAAGCCGUGUACAGCGCUGUGAACUUGCGAGACGAGCAGCAGGGCAAAAACUUCCGCUGGCGGGAUGCCAGCGGGCCCAAGGAACGGCUGGACAUCUACAAGCCCACCGCCCGUUUCUGCCUGCGCUCCAUGCUCUCCUUGGACAGCACCACGCUGGCCGCCCAGCACUGCUGCUAUGACGAGAACACCAAGCUGAUCACUCGAGGCAAGGGGGCUGGCGCUCCCAACCUCAUCAGCACAGAGUUCUCCCCAGAGCUUCACUACAAGGUGGACAUGCUGCCUUGGAUCCUCUGCAAGGGAGACUGGAGCCGGUACCAUGCCGUGAGGCCUCCCAAUAACGGGCAGCAGUGUGCUGACAACCCCCCAGAGGACGAGUACCUCUCUCAGCUUCAGGAGGCCAGGGAAUAUUAGCCUAGACAGAAAGUGGGGCCGUG